AUGGGGAAGUAUCUUACAAUAACAGUCCCUAUAUUAGGAGUUAUCUUGUUUUUUGUCCAGGGCUACUAUCUUCGCACCUCGAGACAAGUGCGCCUGCUCGACAUUGAAGCGAAGUCUCCCCUCUUCAAACUGUUUAUCGAAACCAUGCAGGGUAUAUCUGUCAUCCGUGCUAUGAAAUGGACAGGACCGUUUCAAGAGCAUUUGGAAGCUUCACUUGAUCGAUCACAGAAGCCUUUCUAUAUGCUCUUGUGCAUUCAGCAAUGGCUACAACUUGUGUUAGACUGUCUUGUGAUGUGUCUAGCUACCAUUCUUGUCACUUUAGUUAUCUCUUUAAAGGGCCAGUUUGCCGCAGGCGCCAUCGGCGUAGCCUUGAACUUGAUACUGAGCUUUAGCACGGAUCUCAUGCUCCUUAUAAAGUCAUGGACUGUACUCGAGACUUCCAUCGGGGCUGUCUCUCGCAUCCAAGACUUUAUUACCAAUACACCGUCUGAAGUUCAACCCGAAGCUAGGGUGACUACUCGUCCUACUCACUGGCCUGCUCGUGGGGAAGUUAUAUUCCGGAACAUCGUCGUGGCAUAUGACCCGACCGCACCGGCGAUUCUGAAUGAUGUAUCCCUCUCCAUCAAACCCGGUGAAAGGAUUGCCGUCUGUGGCCCAUCGGGUAGUGGCAAAACGUCACUGAUCCUUGGAUUGUUACAGAUGGUUGAUCUACGAAGUGGAACUAUCCAAGUAGAUGGCAUAGAUCUGAAAACUUUGCAAUGCACUGAGGUGCGAUCUCACAUCAAUGCUAUUCCACAGGAACCCUUUUUCAUGCCUGGGAGCCUGAGAUUCAACCUAGACCGCUCUUCUGCCACAAUCAACCCCGUUUCGGACGCUUGCCUUAUUGCGGCGCUUGAAAGGGUAGGAUUAUGGAAAAGGAUUGCCAGCAGCGGCAAUGGAGGGCUCAACCAGCUGGUCUCAAUAUCAAACUGGUCAGGAGGUGAGCGCCAACUCCUUGCGCUGGCGCGAGCAUUGGUGAUGAAAAGCUCAAUCCUGGUGAUGGACGAAGCAACUAGCAGUGUGGACUGGGAAACAGAAGCCAAGAUACAGGAUAUAAUUGAGCAAGAGUUUGCAUCACACACCGUUAUCUCCGUUCUGCAUCGUUUGCGCUAUGUCGAGCAGUUCGACCGUGUCGUCUUGAUGAAGCAGGGUCGUCUGGUCGAGUGUGAUCGCCCUCAGACUUUGUUAGCUACACGAUCGGAAUUUCGGGACUUUUAUGAUGCUAGGCAAUCUGAGUAA